AUGUCUGUUGAUACUGACCCUACAGUUAUCUCAUUCAUCGAAUCCGAGGAACUUCCUUUGGUCAAAUUUCAAACAGCCCGACUUCUUACUCAAAUUAUUGACGCGACAGAAGGAGACGUGCUCUGCGUGCAAGAUGUGACUCCACAAGUCUAUGAUAUUCUUGACAAGUACCGAGAAUCAAAGGGACGGAAGUAUCGAUUUAAGCGAUUUUACCCAGAACAGUCCCUGCUCAUUAUUACACUUCCAACUGAGUGUUAUGAAGUUAUGCACAGAGAGAUCGACUAUCAGAUACACCGAAGAAUCUCAGCUAUGGGGCUUGGCUGGCUUCCAUGUGGUGGUGCAACAUAUAGGCAGCAACCCGGUGGAGCAGCUGGGGAGGGUGAUUCAAGUGGACGUCCGUUUGAGCCACAGGAUCGAGCCUGGCCCACGCUUGUCAUUGAAGCUGGAUACUCGCAGUCACUUGAAGCCUUGAGGCGAGAGCUGAAGUGGUUGUUCAGUGAGUCAGAUCACAAGGUCAAACUGGUUCUCCUUGUCAAGAUGCAUUCUCCGUCACGGCAAGAAAUAACUAUUGAAACGUGGCGAGAACGUCUACCUGAGCGACGUUCCGGUGCAAUGUCUCUUCGAGCAAUAGGGGGCGACUCUGGUCUAAGACCAUGCCUUCAGCAAGCAAUCAACAUCACAAGGGCCCCGGAUGCAAGUCCAAUCCUUCCUGAAUCUUAUUGUGUUACUGGAGGUGCAUUACGACUGGAAUUUGCUGAUCUAUUUGAUCGCCAGCCACGGGAAGGGGAAGGAGAUAUCAUCAUUCAAGUCGAGGAUCUACGAAAGAUUGCUGCUAUUAUUGGGCACGCCCGCCGCUACUAG